CCACGAGGCAGGGGCAGGGCGCAGCCUCCCCUGGGACGCACGCCCCGCCCCCAGCGCAAGGCUGUGAGUGAUCUGGGUGCCCUGUGGGCGUCGGGACUGUCCCCAGCUUGCUCUGCAGACACCGCUCCAGAAAGCCGAUCGGGGUGACUAGGCCUGUUUCUGGAGCGUGGACAGCAAACACCCGAGUUCAGCCACGCAAGCACCCCUCGCCUCGACCCGGCCCCUCCUCUCCGAGCCCCCGUGCGGGGGCCUCCCGCGCUGUCCCCAAGUCUCCGCGCGUCUCGCGGCGGCCACCAGCAUGGCCCAGGCCCCCGAGGACCCUGGCGAAACAGACCUCGAGCAGAGGAUCCUGCGGGUGCUGAGGGACGCUGGCUCCCCUGUGAAGUCCGUCCAGCUGGCAAAGGAAUGCCAAGUGCCCAAGAAGAAGCUCAACCAGGUCCUCUACCGGAUGGAGAAGGAGUCGAAAGUCUCCCUGGCGGGCCUGGCGAUGUGGCGCCUGGGCGAGGGAGGGACCGGAGAAGUGGUCCCCACAGAGCCGGCCCAGCUCAGCCAGGCGGCGAGGCCCCAGCAGGACGCAGCCGCGGUUCCAGAGGAACCUGACCCUCAGCUCAGCGAACAGCAGAAAGCCAUCUAUAGGUUUCUGGAAGGCACCGGGCCCUGUAAGGCCCUGAUCAUCGCCCGGGCCCUGGGAAUGAAGACAGCAAAAGAAGUCAACCCACACUUGUAUGAUAUGAGAAAGAGGCACCUUCUGAGUCUUGAUGAGAAAUCAAGUCUAUGGUCGAUUUAUCGACCAGAUUGUGGAGGAAGAAGCGAGUCCCCCGCGAUUAUUUACCAGCAAAAUCCAAUCAACAUGAUCUGUCAGAAUGGACCAAAUAACUAUAUUUCCAUUGAGAACUCGGAAGACAUCCAGAUUGGACACGGGAAUGUCAUAGUGAAGCCAACCGCCUCUGGGGAGAAUGGUUCCGUGGCUCCCCUCCACCUCCCUCCCAUGGCACCAGCAGAUCCCCCGACGCAGAGCUCCCCGGCUGCAGCCUGGGCGCCCCAGGACAUCCGCUUGGAGAAGUCUGUGCUCAGACGGGUGUUGCUGGGACAUGGCAACAAGAUGAGCCUUACCGGUGCCCCGGCCGAAGGCCCGGCUGCCUGCAGCCCCACUGGCAGCCCCCCAGUCUCUGCCACCACUGUUGGCUCAGGAGCUUCGUUCAAAAUUCCAGGGUCCAAACCAGGACCUGACUGCAAGGCAGAUGGGAUCCAGAGAGUCCACAUCAGUUCAUGCUUCCUUGAGGACACUGCCAUUGGCAAUGGCAACAGAAUGACUGUCAUCUCUGGGACAGCUGGUCCAGGAGUUGCAGAGCCUGAGGAUAGCAGAAGGGGCCCUGAGGAGCUGGACAAGGAUGCAGGACCCCUCUCCGAAGGUGCGGAGCCCAGAAGGGAGUUCCCUCCGGACCCGGCUUCCUCCCUCAGCACCAACGUCUCGAAGCUCAUCUCCCACCUAGAAGCCGUGACUCUUGAAAGCAGGGAUCCCCACAACGCCGAAGACGGCGGCCGGGUGGACAGAACCCCAGCCGUGGCGUCCCAGGGGGAGGUCGAGCCCAGAACAGACAGCCAGCCUCUCUCGGAAAGAGCAGGCGAACGCCAGUGAACCUCCGGUACUAUGCUUUCUGGGCUCUGUAAGUGUCCUUUUCGCUUUCUUGCCUCCUGACACGCGACCGGCAAGGGUCAGCGUUUGGGCUGGGCCUGGCCUGGGGCUGGGUCACCUCUGUCCCUACCACCACCUUAGCCUGCCUUCCAUCAUGGCUACCCACUGUCCUCUCACUCAAGACCUGACUUCCUCAAGGCCUGUUAUGGCUGCCUGACCUCUUUCCAACUCGACCUUUCUAGAACUUCCCUACCUUGACUUUGAUCUCUCGGCCCUUCUUAGCUGAACUUCCAGAAAACAGAUCCCUCCCGUCCGGGCCCCAGUGGGAGUCACUGGCCAGCCCACGGGCCAGGGGACCUCUGCUGGCCAAUCAUCAAGGAAUGUUUGUCUUACGCCAGCAUGGUGCUCGCGGGUGGACGGGGUUCCCUUGGAAGGGUUGUGGGCGCAGUGGCAUUUCCAGAACAAAGGAACGGAGUGGGGUUGGUUCAGAGGACACUCGCGGAGGGAUGAUGGGAGGAAGACAGAGAAGGAGAGAAGAAGGUGGUGGUCAGCCGGGCAGGGCUAUUGUGGACUCGUGUGUUCCACUCGUUACGCCCACGACAUACACAAUGCCACGCCCGUACGUCACUCUCUUUUGUGUUAACUCUACUGGACCAUGACUGUCCAACGCCCAGGAGCCACGUCCCCUGGGGCUAGCAUCCGCCUUGGUGGAGGAAGGGCUGGCUCAUCACAGAGACUCAGUCAAGGAGGUCACUAACCAGGGGUGCCUGGAUGGCUCGUCGGUUAAGCGUCCAACUCGAUUUCGGCUCAGGGCAUGAUCUCAGGGUUUGUGGAUUUGAGCCUUGCGUCGGGCUCUGCGCUGAUGGCCUGGAAGCUGCUUCGGAUUCUCUCUCUCCCUCUCUCUCUGCCCCUCCCCCACACGCUCUCUCUUUCGCUGUCUCCUUCUCUCUCAAAAUAAAUAUAUAUAUAUAUUUUAAUGUCACGGAUCAAACCUUUAUGCCUUUUCAGCUUGGCUGGAAAGAUCUUGAGUUCCUCGACACGUUGAUCAGUGCCCGGACCAAUAUAUAGUACUUCUGGUAUGUCCCCUAAAGGGGACGCGUCCUAAGGCAUUGUUUGAGCCCCUGGAUCCAGCCAUUCCUGAAGCAGGAUCUGUCUUUGCUCCUGUCCAUUAGAUGAGCCCAUGUGUCUGUCUCCUUAGUGUGGAAGUCCGCUCCAGGCGGCUUUCAGUUUCCCAGUGUGGUAUGUCCCUCUCACCUCUGCCGCCGCCUUUCCUUAGCUCUACGCUACGCAGCCAGCAGGUCUCGGCUGAGACGCGACCUCGUCCAGGAAAGCUUCCCAAGCUCUCAUCCCAGCCUGUGUCUCUUCGCUGCCCCUGAGGCCUCCUGUGCUUCCCUGUCAAACCCGUGCCAUUGCCUUGUUACUCGUCUGUCUCCCAAAACUCACUUUGUUGUAGAUGACAGAAAGCUGGGACCCACUUCCCACAAAAGGGGAUGUGCUGACUCUUCUCAUGCAGACAAAGGCCAAGCACGAGUCUUGCUUCAGGAGCGUCUCCGUCCCGGAAGGCAGACAAUGUCUCGGGACGCAGCCUCCCUCUUUCCGUCUCUCUGCUCUGCUCUCCUCUGGGUUGGCAAAGAUGGCCCCUGGCGACCUCGCUCCUGGCCCCCACCCUGAGCACCGCUUUCCAAUAGCCGAGGCCAAGGUGGAUGGCUUUGGUCAUGUGACCACCUCCCGGCUGAGGUCAUUAGCCGGAACAACGGGAUGCUGUGAUUGGCCGACUGGUGUCACAUGAUCUAUCCCUGGCACCACAACGGGGGUCAGUCAGCCACCCCCAAAUCACCUGGCUUGAGGGCGUGGCCAGUGCUCUAAAGUCACAGAAAAGGGACAGGCGCGGAGCUCAGAAGUCCACCGCAUCUCCCCCCGGCAUCGGCCGGUGAAUUCCCUGGGCACGGGGGCCUGGUCUCUCCCCUCUGCACCCCCGGUGAAUGCUGGACAGACCCCCUUCGCUGUGCGCCAUGCGGCCCGGCCCUGGGGCUGCCGGCGGAGGGCGACCCAGCCCUGACCGCGGUGAGCACUUCGCAGUCGGCGGGAGAGGCGGGCAUCGCCAUGGGUCCCGAGCACGACUAAGCACAGGGGGGUGGGGGAGGGCGGAACCCCCCGACACACUGUCUGGAAGGUCCCCGAGGCUCCUGGGGGAGGAGAAACCCGUGAGCCCAUUCUCCCACCCCUGGCGGAGCGAGGUCGGGUGGGGUGGGAACGACGUUCUAGGCGGGACCACGGGCGGGGCAGACGCCCGGGACCGGAACAAGGGACCUCGUGCAGAGCUCCACCGUGGGUUGGGUGCUGGAAAGCACGGUGCGAAGAAAACGUGCAGGAGGUUGGCUGGAGGGAACCGGGUGCCCGACCACGUGUGCCUGGGACUUUGGGCUCGACCCUGAGCGCCGUACAAGCCCCGCCCUACCUGUCUCCCAGGGACGACCUGGCGCCCCACGGGCUGGAAUUGCCCGGCCUGCUGGGGGACAGUUCUCUCUGCCACCGUGUUGACCUGGGGCCCCCAGAUCAUUCCCCCCGCCCCCGGGAUAUCCGCUUGGCCCACGUGCCACCGGGUCUAAGGGGCUGGAGAUUGGCUUUGGCUCGCUGCGUCUGGCAUCGCCUUUCCUCUGUGGCGAGCUGAAAACGGCUCGCCUCCAAGUUUGCCCCAGGUCUGUGGUUAACCAGGCCCCGUCAGCGGAGGAUCCAGGAGCCUCAGUCCGCACCGCCAGCCCCGGGCGGGAGCGCUCCGGUUCCUGCGAGAUCUCCCCUCUCUGUAUAAUUAAUUCGCCGUAAACACGCUGACAAAGCACUGCCAGCGGUUAAUGGGGGCCGGAGGUGAAGGUCAACGCUGGGCUCUUCAGGAGAGAAAUUAACUAGCUACCAUUAGCUAGCCGGGACUGAUGAAGUCCGUGCAGCCCCCCGCCUUUUGUUCUCACCAGCCCUCCACCCACGCAGCCUCCCUUCCUCCCUGAGCUGGGCAGACAGAGUUUGCAGUCCCCUGACUUGAAUGGGGGGCAGUCUGCUGCAUGAGUCAGAGGUGGUCUUCCCGAACCACCGCAAACUGCUCACAAAUGCAAUUCUGUUUUCUCGUCCAGCUUCCCUACUUGUCUCGGGAUGAGCCCAGGUGGGACCCCUCCCCUGGGGGGUGUUAGCCGACAGCCAAGGUGGGGGACUCUGAGCAGCCAGCAGUCUAGGGAGUCGUUCGGGAGCAUCUUGGCUGUGACAGAAACGUGGCUCACCUAGACUUACCAAAGAAUCUGUUUGCUCGUGCCACUGGGAAAUCAAGAGACAGCUAGCUUCAGGAACGGCUAGAUCCAGGGACUCAAGCAUUACACUCAGGCUUCUCUCUCUCUCCGUCUCUCCGAGAGACUCUCUUCAUGUGUCUGCCUGCUGCUCAAGGCUUAGGGCCUGCAAGUUUGGCAACUCCAGCAGAAAAGGGAUUCUUCAAGCCAGAUACUGCGGGUAGGAUGUCCCGGAGAGGGUUCGGAUUGGUCAAGCACCGGUAACAGGCCUGGGGGGGCUUGUUAAGUGGAGCCCACGCCCCGGGGCGGAGCCUUCCAGAUUCUGAGUCGGAAGGUUAGCCAACUGCCCAAGGUUAGGAAGGUUAGACAAUUGCCCAAGAGGUAGAGACGGGAGACCCCAGGCCCCUGGGCUCCUAAGCCAGGAGAAGCAGCCUGGCUCCCACCGCCUGGCUUCACUUUUUGUGACACGGGAUUCCCUCCCUCUCUUCCCCACCCCCACCUGGGACCCUAUGGCUUUUGUUGCCCUCAGUGGGCUCUCCACGAGCUGCUGGAGGGGGGACGGAGGUCUGGCUGCUACCCAUUUGGGCCUUGAAGCCCCCAGAAGGCCCGGCAUCAUCUGGGGGCAGUACAGCCAGGCCCGUCUCCCGGUGGGAGGUGCUGGGGUGCACAGACACAGUCUGGAACGGAAGCCCUCCCUGUCUGUGCGACCUCGCCCUCAGGUGCCCCUGUGACGGCCCGGGGCCUCAGUCUUCUCCUCUGCAGAAUGGGCCGGGGAGGCAAUCGAGGCACGUUUGCUAGAGGGUCAGACGAGAUGGUGCUGAGUCACAGCCAGCCGGGCCACACGCGCACGAAACCCAGCAUGGAUGGUUCCCCCUCAGGGCCCGUGUCACCCACAUCUCCCCUCUGCCAGGGACACGUGGCAAAAGUCUGCAGACAUGUUUGGUUGUCCCAGAGACAGAGGGUGGGGUGGUUUCCUGUUACUGCUGUAACAAAUCACCAUGAAGGGGUUCAAAAGAACCCAGGCUUCCUCUCCGACAGGGCGGAGGGCCAGAAGUCCCGCACGGGCCCCGCUGACAGGUCAGGGUGUCGCAGGGCGGCUCCCUCUGGAGGCUCUAGGGAGAAUCCGUCUCCCGGCCUUUCUGGCUUCCCGAGGCCACUUGCGUUCCCUGCUCGUGGCCCGUCCUCCACCCCCGACUCAAGCAUCAUCGCACCUUCCGCUCUCUCUCUCUUUCUCACCCUCCGUCCUCCUCUAAGGGCCCUUGGGAUGCCACGGGCCCCACCUGACAAGCCGGGACCAUCCCCUCCCCCCAUCUGCGCGAAGUCUGCUUCGCAGGGUCGCAGCUUCUGGGGAUUAGGGCAGGGACAUCACUGGGGGGCAUCAUGCAGCCCCUCCCCCCACAACAAAGAGCCACCAAGCCCCAAAUGCAUGCGGAGCCACACCGAGAAAGCCUGCCAUAGGUGACAUUGUUGUUUCCAUCAUUAACAUCAUGAAGACCGAACCAUGAGUGGGGUGUGGCAUUGCGGUGCUAGGAGUAACCUGAGUGUAACCUCAGGUAAACCCCGGCAGCUCUGGGCCUCGGUUUUCUCCUCUGUAAAAUGGGCAGAAAUAAGGACAGCACCUUAUCCACAGAGUUUAUGCCGAGGUCUUACACUGUGACUCAGCUCAGGGCGCAUCUAACAAACGCUGGUGUCCGGGCUCACCCCAGACCGACCCAGUGUCUGGGGCAGGGGUGGGGGGUGGGCAGGCGUAUUGUUCAAAGCUUGUCCCGUGGUCCCAAGGAGCCCUCCCCUCCCCCCGACGCUGAGCUGUCCAGGGCUGACCCCAGGUGGGCACACCCAAGAUACCAAUGGGUCACGGCCGUAGUUGUGACCCCGGCAGCCCCCUCACCCAGCAUCACGCUCUGUCCGGUCUCUGUGACAAGAGGGCAUCAGGGAGGACAGGAGCCAGACCCCAGAGGGCCCAGCCGGCCAGUGCAGCCAAGCUGGUGCCCCGCUUUUCACAGCCUUGGGCCGAGCGCCCUCUGGUGGCCGCGAGCUGGCUGCAGCACGCGCUGGGCUCGGGAAUUGCCAGGGUCCCAGCUGGGGACCAGGCCAGGGGUGGUUAUGCGGCCCCAUUCCCUCCCCCAAAAGUGGCCAGACACACAACGUUCUACCUGCGACUCUGGGGGGGCUCACGGUGCCCUAAGCCCUUCUACAGGUCCCAGGUUAAAUCCCUGCUCUGCCUUCUCAUCAGGGUCUCCCUUCCCACUUAGGGCCCCAAAGUCAAAACCCCAGUGUCGGGCAAGGGCUGAUGGUCUCUCGUGGGGAACGUUCCUGCAAGCUGGGACCCCUGGAAAUCCCCAGCCCAGCUUCUGCAGGGGCCCCAGGGAUCUCACCUGAGACCACGCCUGUGGCCUUGCAGCCCCGAGUCCCUACAACAGCUGCCUUUUCCAGAUUCCCGCUCGUACGGACUCACUCAAUCCUUCCAUGUCGUCCAUGACGAAGGGGAUUCUUACCCCUUUCACGUGGUGAAAACACUGAGGCACAGAGAGGUCAAGCUACUCUCCCAAGGUCACACAGCCCGGGAAGAGCCUGCUGGGAUUUUAAACCUAGGAGGCAAAGAUGACCUCAACAUCUGGCUCACAGGAGACCCCGCGUCAGUGUCGCUCACUGCACAUUUCUGAGCCAGCCACACCUCGGAGCUCCCUCCCCGCCUCGCCCUCCUAGACGGCUUCUUCCUUCUCUGACUCCUGGCAUCGCCCCAGUUUUGCCUGACAGUCGGCUGGGCCAGGUCGGAAUCGGGAUCUGCCUGCCCCUGGCGAUGCCUGUCCAGGCCUGGAGGACAGCAAGCCUCCCGCUCUGGGCCUGUAAGGCAGUGCUUUAAGAGGUCACAUGUUUAACCCUGACGAUGACCCCACGAAGUGGACAAACUGGGAUUUUGCCCAUUUUACAGACGAGCAAACUGAGGCUCAGAGGAGCAAGCGCACCGCCCAAGAUUAAAGGCAGAUCUGACUGGUCCCCUCUGUGCGUCCACUCUCUGAGUGUCCCUUACGGGCACUCAGGACCCUCUGACUCCAAAAGGAUCCCGGGGCAGGUCACGGAAUGGCUAUGGAGCAGACAUUGGGAGGCCGGGGUGGGCCCGGUCCCCAGCGCCAGGAUGUUUGGCCCCCAAGGUGGGUUCUUCAAGACCCCCCUUUGCGUCACGGCACCAAAGACUCUGAAGUUUCGAUCUUCCUCAAGGGAAGCAAAAGCAAAACCAAGAAAUUCUGGAAAACUCACUCCAACCGCCCAGCAGGCCCGAGUCAGCCCUGGACCACUUCCAAAAGUAUGCGCUGCUGCUCCGAUCACGUGGUUCGAGAAUGUUCCCUGACGCAGAACGAGAUCCACACCCAGCGGCGCGUGGGGAACGAGCCCGGGGGCCACAGAGCUCCCUGUGGGGCGUGAUUCACUUUUCCGAUGAAAGAACGUGUCCCUGCAGGUGUGGGGCUGUGAGGUCCCAG